UUUCUCCCAUUAGCCUAUUAUUUUUCGUCAUUUUCUUCUCUUUCUCUUAAACUUUUAUCCUUCACAUCUAACUUUAUUGUAUUACGCGCUGUCAAUAUCGAGAAUUCCAAUUGCUCAACGGUGACGCCGCGUUAUUGUGGGAUAUCCCAUGCACAUUAUAUGGACAUGCAAACAACGAAAACGAGAAGUUUUAAAUUGUUAUAAUGAAAAAAAUGUUUAUUUCGUCUGUUACUUGACUGAAAAAUGCAAUUCAGAAGGAGUGCCACGGUUAAAAACUCAAAUUGCUCUUGUUUAUAUACUACGAAAAGCGAACUUUAUUACUAUUCGUAUCGGUUAUAAUUAUUACAUCCUUGGGUGGAAAAUUGAGUGUUUUGAUCUGGUGAUCUCAACUGUUUUUUGACCAGAUGAUAGUUUUUCUUCUUGUAGGACUGUACAAUGAACUGAACUGAACUCCAGCAGUGCGCGGUUUACUCUUAUAUAGCUACAGUUUGUUCGCAUCUAUACUAGGUGUGACAAUUAAGUAAUGAGACUGAUUAUAUUGCCGCGAUUGUGGUAACACUUCGACCUUGAAACUCCCUUCUCCCGGCAUCCUUCUCCACUCCGUUGAUAUAUUUGCCAUCGCUCUAGCUUGUUUAGUUUCCCUGCAGUGUCGUGUGCACUCGUCACGAAAAUGGAAAAAUUAAAUCAAGAGCAACGCGUCCCGAUUAAAUUUCGCGCAAAAUCAAAACGGUAAAUCAAGUCUAAUAUCGCCAAGUACUCGAGAGAUUGCGAAAACGAGUCAACAGAGUGCGCCCAGACAUCGCUCGUAACGGGAUCUUUUAUCACGACUGCGCGCCUUGUCACACCACCCUCAGCGUGUCUCAAUAAAUGGCUUCUAAAGGGAUCUCCGUGUUGCCAUUAUCACCUUAUUCGCUCGAGUUCACACCCUGUGACUUUUUUGUUCCCUAGAACAAAAUCGGCGAUCAAAAGAACACAUUUUGAGUUCCAGAUCUGUUACGAAGAAUGGAAAACGCGCUAGAAUCGUUGUAUAGCAGCCCAAAGGGACUACAUUGAAGGGGAUGGCAGAUUGUAGAAUAAUUUGAAAUAUAAGAGUUUUCGCCACCACUAUUGCUACCAUUAUUUUGAAUAAUUCUUUGAAUUUGGUUUGUUAUCGAUAUCGGCAUUGUUUCCUUCGUUAAACGGUUUUCAAACGAUUUCUGAAUCUGCGGUUUUAAAGACUAUAGUACAAAUAAACUUCUCAGAAAGUAAUGGCGUUAAAUGGGGAUGUUUGGCAGAACUUAAGUUAUACCAAAAAGGUAGCUUUACUUGGGUCACUGCGUACCGAUUGCAGUUUCAUUAUUGGCAGAGGUGUUAAUGCGAAAAUUAUAGGAGCCCAUAAAUCAAUACUAUCUCGAGGUUCGACCGUUUUUGAAAGUAUGUUUAAUGGUAAUUAUCAAGAAGCGAAUAACAAUGCUCCUAUACCGUUACCAAAUGUUGAGGACUUUGCUGACUUCAAAGUGAUAUUGGAGUAUGUUUACUAUAAGAAGAUGCCGUUAUUGGAUAAAAUAAGUUUGGAACGGUUAAAGCAUGUUUCAUACCUAGCAGAUUACUUCUUAUUGGAUGAAAUCGUGACAAAUUGUCAUAUUAAAGUGGUGAAAUACGCUGCGGAGAAUGUCAUAAAUUUGUAUGAUUUCGUACAAUUGUUUGAAUAUGAAAAAAGGCAUAAACUGGAUUCGAUUUAUGUGAAAACAGAACAGCGCACUAGUAUUCCGCUGGUAGAAUUUAAAAACACGUGUUGGUUUGAUUCGAAGGAAUUAUUACAAAAUUCAUCCAUCUACGAUUUAUCAGGUUUAGAUUUCUAUGAUUUACUUCUGUUGCCAGUUCUUAAAUUAACGGAGAUAGAACGUUUCAUUUUAAUUGAAAACUACGCGAAAAUAAAUAAUUUAAAUAUGGAUGAAUUCGUUAUAAAUAAAGUAAGCGAUGACGAAGAUAUUGAAGAUAAACCCAAAUUAAUAUCUCCAACUAAGGAGAUAACUCUUAAUGAAAUGUUCGAUCUAAUUAUUUUUUCAAAAAUGACGGCAAAAGAAUUCAAAAAGGGCCCUGCUUCUUCAAGGAUUUGGAACAUAUCACCAGAAGAAAAGCUUGAAAUAGCGCUUCAACUUUGUAAGGUCUAAGCGAUACGGGUAUAGUACAGCCUAAACCAAAAAAUUAUUAGUUUCUUUUAUUUAUUCCUGUAAUGUAAAUGUAAUUGAAAACUUCAUUGUAAUAAAAGUAGAACAAAAACGAAA